GUAAUGUAGCAAUCAACAAAUCUCAAAGACCCUGGUACUGCUCUCCUCUGGCUAACACAAACUACUGCGCAAAUUCCAGUUACGUGGACUGUCGUGGACAAAAUGUCUCUUGCAUGGCCUAUUCCUGCAUCCCUCAGAUUCCCGGCUGCUCCUGCAUGAUUGGAUCCUACAAAUGCAGUGGUAACUGCAGCUACACAGCUUCUCCAGAUCUCUGCAGUUGCAAUGCAGAUACUUGCAGCUGCCUGAACGAUGUGAUUAAUAAUCCAGACAAGAAAGAGAACACUACAGAAAAAAUCAUGAAUUUGGUUGAACAGAUUGCAAAUAUGACAGGUCUGAUGUCUACGGAAGCAGCAGAAAACUAUUUGAAGAUUGUUGAUGCCACCCAGUUAACAGUUUCAACGUCGGUCAGUGCUGAAGAUGAAAAUAAAUUGGUGAAUUAUGGAAACACUUAUCUGAAUGCCUUUGAGAACCUGGUGUCUGCACUGGUGGUGCCAACAACAAAUUACACCUUGCAGAAUAUUAUGCUCAACAAUACAGAAGUGACACUUCUUGUGGUUGGAAUAAACGCAUCUGAAAAACAGAUCCCUUCAGUCAGUACAGAAAAAGCUCAAAUGGAGAUUAACCUUUUUGAGAUUGCCAAGAACAGCCCUUCAGGAUCAGCUUCUGUGGGUUUCAUAAGCUACAAUGAAAUGGGCAAUCUAUUAAAACCCAGUUUCUUCAAAUUAUCAGAAGACACAGUUAAGACCAUGAUGUCCAAUGUGAUCUCAGCUACUCUUUUCAAAACCACCAACACUAUACCAGUCAGCUUGACUGAACCAGUUAACUUCACUCUCAAACACCUCAAAGAGUUUAAUCCCAGCGCUUCUCUGUCGUGUGUGUACUGGAAUAUCAACGAGUGGAUUGUAGAUGGUUGUUCUGUUUUAAAGACCAACAGCAACUACACUGUGUGUUCCUGUGUUCAUCUGUCAACAUUCGCUCUCAUCAUGCAAACCAGUCACCCAGCAGAGGACGACUCACUGCUGGAGCUGUUGAAUUUGGUGUGUGUGAUCGUGGGGCUGGUGUUCUUCAGUUUGGCCCUGUUGAGCUUUGCUCUUUGUCAGUGGAGUCCUGGAGUGAAUAAUGUGGCUCGAAUCAACAUCUGCAUCAGUCUUCUGUUGGCUCACCUUCUGUUCCUGCUCACACAGCAGUUCCUGAGCGUCAUACGGCCUCAGCAGGUGUUGUGUGCCGUGAUCUCAGGCCUUCUGCACUUCCUCUUUCUCUCCGGCUUUGUGUGGAUGUUCAUUGAAGCUGUGAUGCUCUUCAUCUGUGUGAAGAAUCUAUCACAGAUCAGCUCCAAAAAGAGGGAGGUGCUUAGCAGUGGAUUCCUGUGUGUGAUUGGAUAUGUGGUUGCUCUCUUUGUGGUGUGUGUGUCUGCUGGUCUGGUUCCUGAAGGCUAUGGCAGCGAACAAUGUUGGAUUAAACUAGAUAAAGGUUUUAUCUGGAGUUUUCUGGGACCUGUUUCUGUCAUACUAGCAUUAAACACAAUUCUCUUCAUCAAGAUCUUCAUCACUCUGAACUCAACUCUCAAAAAACUGAAUGCUGAAGUUUCACAGAUGAAACAAACCAAGAUUAUGGUGUUUAAAACACUGGCUCAGUGUGUGGUUCUGGGUUGCCCCUGGAUUCUGGGUUUCUUCAUUAAUGGCAGUAAGGUGCUGGAGAUCCUCUUCCUGAUCUUGAACUCCCAGCAGGGAACCUUCAUCUUCCUGAUCUAUUGUGUCCUCAAUAAUCAGGUCAGGCAGCAGUACAGGACGUUCUUCAGAUGUCUUUGCUGUGGACGCAAACCCAACAACAUUGAAACUGCCCCCCAAAAUGCUAGUAUCAUGUUCAGGAAAUGAGUGAAGUGCCAUUAUCACACAGUAAAAUUCCACUACGACAGAAUCAAUGCUUAUUUUAUAAAUUAUAUAUACAUCUCAUUUUAUUACUGUCAUUAAUUUUUAAUGCAAUCUGCUAACAUCCUUUUGGAAUUAGUUU